AUGGAUACGCCACCAGAAGAUGAAAUGAAAGACGUUGUUGAGGUGUAUCCACAGUAUAUCAUAAGCCUUGAUGACUAUGUUAAAAUAAAGACAAUAGGAAAAGGAGGUUACGCUGAAGUUUGGUUAGUUUCAUAUAAAGGAACAGAAAAGCAAAUGGCAUUGAAACAACUAUUUUCAGACAUAUCUUCAAAACAAGUACAUCAUUUCGCAAGAGAAAUCGCAACAAUGGCAAAAGCAAAUCAUCCAUAUUUCGUUAAAUUUAUGGGAUUCUCUCCUUACAGGCCAAUGUCUCUCUUAACAGAAUACAUGCCCAACGGUUCCUUGUACAGAUUUAUUCGCCAAGAUCCAAAAGGAAAAAUUUUGAAUGGAACUCGACGAACUAUUAUCGCAAUGGGCAUUGCAUCUGCAAUGGCUACAUUACAUUCCAUGUCAAUUAUUCAUCGAGACUUAAAAUCAAUGAAUAUCCUUCUCGAUUCAGAAUUUUAUCCGAGAAUUUGCGAUUUUGGUAUUGCAAGGUUUAAUCAAAACGAUGAAAAACUCACAAUGAGACUUGGUACACCCCAUUGGAUGGCUCCAGAAUCAUUAUAUGGCGAAGGUUAUGGUUUUCCUGUAGAUGUGUAUUCGUUUGCGAUGGUUUUAUACGAAUUACUUACAUUUAAGCUUCCAUGGGCAGGAAUGGAUGCUCUUGCUGUUACACGUGCUGUCGUUAUCGAGAAAAAACGUCCGAUUUUACCGAAAUGUCCAGCACCUCUCAAAAACCUUAUUUGCAGAUGCUGGGAUCAAGAUCCAAACCAACGACCAACUUUUGCGGAAAUUUACAGACUUUUUGCCACAGGAAAAGUAUAUUUCGAAUCAACAAACAAAUCUGAGAUAUUAGCAAUGCACGAGAACCUAGUCUUACAAGGAGUUGAAACUCCAUUCUCUAACGGUCCGAAAUUCAAAAACGAUAAUAAAAUUACAAAAUCUCCAAUUAAACAUCAUGGAGAUAUAUCGAAGAACGAUAAAAGUCCUUCAUCAGAUGAUUCCAAGGAUUUCCAGAUCGAAAUCGGCAAAGAAGAGUUUUUGUCAGAUAAUCGACUUGAAAAACACAACAUUCCAUCAUUUAGCGAAAGCGAUACACUCCCCAAGCAGCCAGACAAAAGGCGCAAGAGUAAUUCAAAGAUGGAAGACAUUCCUGAAGACGAAACUCCAAAUGAAAACGAAAACGACAAUUUCGAUGGAUUAUCGAACCUCAGAUACAAGAGACAGACAAGUGCAGCUUAUAAGUUGCAAGUAAAUGAAGAUUCCUUCCAAAUUCCAAUAGAAAUCUUGUCAGAUCUGAAACAUCCAGAAUUCCGAAAGACUUUCUCAGAAUGCGUUGCUAAUAUUGCUCCAAAUAAUGUAAGAUCAUUUUUCUCAACGAUUGCGCCUCAUUUUAACAAAAACACUUCAGAUUCAGAUUUUGAGUUCAUUUUAACGAGCCUACACCCUGUUUUCAAUAAUCCGUAUGCCAUAGAUAUAUUCCAGCGUAAAGGGCUCCACAACAAACUGCCUCUAGAACGAGAUUCUCUUUUGCAAACGAAUUUUGACUUCUUAUACGUAUUGUUUUCGAAGAAUCCGACCAUUUUCCAGAACAACUGGGAAUCGAACAUGGAGUAUCUGAUAAGCAGAGAUGCCAACUCUUCUUUGGUAUUAUUACAAUUUUGCGCCAAGAAGAUCUCAACGUUCCCCAACCCAUGGAGCCUGCCUGACCUCCUGUUCAACUGCUCGGAAUACUUCUUCACGUGCCGUUCUCUUGCGGAAUACAUUUCAACCAUAUUUUAUCUUUGCCAAACACACAAGGAAUACAGCGACGCGCGCUUGAAUACUGCUAUCGAUGUCUUCAUGCAAUGUUUGCAAUCUUCAGAUCCACGUGUUCUCUCUGUUUGUUACAAUGCUCUUUCAUUUUAUCGUCCAAAAUUGUCACUUUUUGACAUUGGUUUACUUUCCAGUCAUCUCCAAGACGAGCAGUUAUCUCCUCGCAUCCUUCCAUUGUUUCUUGCCGCUGAAACUCUUCCCGCACAGCAAGAUCUCGCUGAAGCACUUUUAAUUAGCGCGCAAACGAACGAAACUGCUUGUUUGGUGCUUGUCAAAGCUUGUGAUGACGAACAGUUCGCCAAUCUCUUGUCAUCCAACACUUGGUGGGUCCCCGAACAUCUUCCAACGAUUUUAGACACUUUGAGAAUUUUUAUUUCAGUUAUGUGUCAUAAAUCAUCGCGAGAAUCAUUGGCAGCUGCUCAUGGAACAUAUAAGAUGUUCAUAGACCUCGUACAAGAAGGAGAUCCGAAAGUUAUGCCAUUCAUUUCUUCAGUUGUAAGAAGAUUUCCACGUAAAAAAGGUGUGUUGAAGAGGAUGUCGAAAAGUGGAUGUUUGAAGCAAAUCAUUGAGUCUGCAAUCGAUAUGGAUGAUGAAUCAGCAACGCACGCAAUGUUGUUGAUGGUUAAAUUCCUAUCAGAUAUCGGAGACUGCCAAGAAUUCGCUCUUUUGCCAAGUUUGUUGAGAUAUCAGUUGAAAAUUAAUGGAAAAAGUGCAAUGAUUUCUCUCUAUUUGAUCUCUAGACUGUGUUCUUAUAAGUUGUGCGCGGAAAAGCUCGGAGAUUCCAAGCUCCAGAAGUAUUUCAGGAAACUGUUAAAUGACGAGGAUUACAAGCCUUAUGCUCAAGAUUAUUUUGCUAAUCUUGAGAAAUUCGCCAAAUAA